UUUUAAAUGAGUGAUAUUUUUAACCAUCAGAUGAGCCAAGUUGAUGAAGUUAGGGUCUCAAGGAUGAAGAGAGUCCAUUUCUGGGUCUGUACUUUAAAUGUAGCCUUACUGGUCUUUGGAAUUGCAACAGUCAAUGCACGAUUUAACCCUUACCUGCUUGUAGAAGUGGUAAUGGGAUGAGUAUUUGUGGGAUUUGCAGUGAUAUAUGUUCAUUUUCCAAGGACAUGAAUUGGGAGAAGUAGAUCUACAAAAAUUUUACUGAUUUUGUAUUUCCCCUUUUCAGCCAUUUCAACUUUGUUUAUGAUAACAUCAGCUUCACUGUUAUGGCCAAUCUCAGGCAUCUUCCCAUGGCAAACAGAAGGUGUGAAAAAUUUCGGAGAUUAUAUGUUCUUUAUAUCUUGAUUUCUCUUGGGAGUGAUACCAACGAUCCAUUCUAUCAGCGUCUUAAUAGUCUGGAGAAAUAGAUCUAAUAUUGCUGCAAGACUUCAAAACCAGGAAAGAACAAGAUGGAUGGUCGGCAUCCCAGUUGAGACUAAAUGCCACUUCAUUCCAAUCCACUCCACAAUUCCUUCCUACACUCCUAUCAAUUCCUGACCCCCACCCUCCCAUCAUGAAGCACCAUAAGUCUCACUUACAGUUCUAAACCCUAAUUCCUCUAAAACCUCUCAAAUUAUUUUUACUAUUUCGCCUCCUGCUAAAAUUCAAAUCUCUCACUUAAAAUUUAUAAAAUCCACAUGUAAUUCCUAUAGAAAUUGCUACUCCAUUCUUGUUUGGCCAGAGGCCAAACAAGAAUGGCAACAGAAAGUCUACAGCUAUUCCUUCAUUUUUGAUGUUUUUAUAUAGAAAUUC